GACAAGUCGAUCUGGUCGUGCAGGCCAGCCACGGCUACCAAGCCCAGACAGCCCGAGACAACGGCCUCGAGGGGCACCUGGGGCGCAUUAGCCUCCGACCCUCGCGAGAGGCGCACUUCAACUUCAGCUUCCGAGCUGCCGGAGGCGGAGUCCGCACGCAGGUGCAAAGGUUCUUUUUCACCGUCUUUUUAACCUCUUCCGGAGAACGGGUCCGUGUCUCCAACUUCUCCCGGCUUUGCUGGGAUAUAGAUGCGAAGUUCGAGCGCCACAGGCGUCACAGCGGACAAGACGUCCUGCUCCUGGCACCUCCAAGAAUGGAGGCGCUGACGCCCAAAGAUCUCAGAGGUCUCGAGGAAAGGCGACAUGCAGCGACUUUUUUCUUCGAAUCUGCCGAAUCUUUCUCGGUGUCUGUCCUCACCAAAGGUGACGACCGGUCCAACGUGGACUUCUUUUUCUCGGGUCAGAACGUGGUAGACGACUUGUGCGAGGAUCCGUGCAAUUUCAGCAAGGGCCCGUAA